AUGCCGCAGACUGUGGCAUUUUGCCAGCAAUCACUGCGGCAGGGUUCUCACGCAGACACAGUGUGCGAGGUGCUCAAUGAUGACUCAGUUCACAUCGGAUCGUUGGAGUGGAAACUGAUGUGUAGAUACGAAAUUUUGAAAAUACUCCGGAUGCAACUGCAAACAAGCUGUAUGAGCUCACACCAACAUGACACAGCUAAGGCAAUGAAGAAAUCGGUUAAUAUUAAUGUUAGACAAUGUGAUAUGUUAGACAAUGUAAUGAAAUUGGAUUACAAACGUUUCACAAUGAACGAUCAGAAAGAAAAAGGGCAGCAACACAAGCAAAAUAGUAUUCAGAACGGCUCAUAA